UGGCUAAUUAGUACGUAAUUUACCAUCAGCCAUUUGUGGGAGGAAAUUGGUGCAAAAAAGACGUGUGUUUGUGUUUUGUAAUUUAAAUGUGUAUGAUAAAUAUUUCUUAGAAGAAUGCCAUCUGCAGCGAAAAAGACGAGCGCCAAAAAUGGGACCACGACGAAAGGUGAAGAGAAAUCCAGACAGUGGGACCCUCUCAUAGAUGGAGUCAAGUGGAUAGAGAGAUACUCCGGGUCUUUGGAGAAGUUCUUUCACCGUCUUCCAGAGUUCUUGGGCACAUUUAUCGCUACCUUCGCCAUAUUUACUUUUGGAGCUACGUUAAGAGGAGAAUGGGUAGUCAUCCUUGUAUCAGCGUUGAAGCAGAUCACAGGCCAGACCCAGGCCAAUAGCAACAUGACAACAGAAGAAAUCUUCAAGCUGUUCACGUCUGCCAACUUAAAGAUGGAAAACUUUGGCUUUAUCUUUAUCGCCGCACACGCUGUGUCCUUUUCAAUGUACUUUCUUAUUGGAGGAUUUCUACAUUGGUACUUCUACGUUCGUCAACGUGACCGUGCAGAAGAGUGGAAGGUGCAGCCAAACAAAUGGCUGACUCCAGAGUUAGAGCGAGAUGAAAUCCUUAUGGGAACUAUCGCUCUCUCUGUCACCGGGACAUUCUCUGCGUUCCUCGCUUGCUACAUCCUCAAUGGAAACCCUUCAACAGUAUACUACCAGUUCGAUGAGUACGGCUGGCUUUGGUUCUUCUUACAGUUUCCCGUCAUCUUCAUUUAUGCGGACUACACUACUUACAUAAUGCAUCGUAUGUACCACACUCCGUGGUUGUACAAGAGGUUCCACAAACUCCAUCACAAGUACAAGACUCCUACAGCAUUCUCCGUGACUGCUAUCCACCCUGUUGAGAUCAUGCAUAUCCAGCUGACGAUGUGCCUGCCACUCUUCACGGUACCUGUACAUUGGCUUCCGUUCUACGCAGUGGCUAUUUAUAACUACUACCAUGGUAUCAUCGACCAUUCAGGGAUCAACUUUAAGGCUCUGUGGUGGCAGCCUUGGCAACCCGAUGUGGACUUCCAUGAUAAGCAUCAUGAAUUCUUCCACUGCAACUACGGAUUCAACAUGGAUCUUUGGGACAAGUUACACGGUACAAUGAGAAAGGAAAAUAAACUAUAUACCGAAGACACCUUCUAUGGUGAAGCACCAAACAUUGACUCAGAGGAGGCAAAGGCUUUAGCCGAAAAGGACCCAGACGCCAAAGAGAAUCUAAUAUCUGCCAAAGAAUUACUAAAAGCCAAAAAAAUAAAGUCGAAGUAAUUGUUUUACCCAAACAUCGGCGAUUAACUUUGCUACGAUAUACCUAAGGACUUGGAUCUUUUACUCCGCCACACUCGGAUGUCUUCUUCUAUGAAAUGAAAUUAACUGUCCUGAAAAAUAAAAAUAAAAACCAUUAAGUUGUGAUAUUAUUAUAUUUUUUUCAUUAAAACAGACACGUUGUGUUUUUUGUGCCAAUGAAAAAAUACAUUGUAAAUAUGCGAUCGGAAGUUGUAUAUAUUAUUAUAUUUCUUUUAUACAAUUGUAAUUAUUAUUGGUUAAGGUGUUCAUAAAACGAUAUUAUCAUUCUUCCUUAACAUCUUUUUAAUAUUAUAUAGUUCUAAGUCAAAAACACUUGUACCGUGACUAUUAAAGAACUAUUUAUGAA